AUGGAUGAUUUACAAUUAAAUAUAUCUGUUUCUAAAAAGCCUCAAAAUAAGGGUAAUAAAAGGCAAACUUCACAAAAGAACGCAAAUGAAUACAAAUUUAAAUCAAAACCAGACUUUAGUGGCACAAUUAUUGCAAGGAAAAGACCACAAAAUGCGGGUUCUGGAAAAUUUUCUCAAAAGAAUUUAGGAGAACCACAGAAUAAAAUACCAAAAGUUUCAAACUCUUUUCAUAAUAAAAAAGAUGUAGAUUUGCAGUCAACAUUACGUGACCUUAGUGAAAAUAAAGGCAAAUACCAGGGAAAAAAUUAUCAAGAAAUAAGUGAUGACUUGCAGCUGAAGCAAAAGCCCAGAAGUGGUCCCUGGAUAUCAUCAUUAUUUAAAAAUAAUCCAGAUGUACCUAAAAUGGGUCAAAAAGCAGUGAAGCCUGUAGUAGAAAAAGUAUUUGCAGGCAAAACAUUUUCUGAUUUAAAUAUUCAUUCACAUAGCAUUGCCAAUUUAAAACAAAAUCUAAAUUUAACUGAAUUGAUGACAGUACAACAAAAAGCGAUACCAAUUAUUUUACAAGGCAGGGAUGUUUUAAUCAGGUCACAAACAGGUUCAGGCAAAACUUUAGCAUAUGCAUUGCCAGUUAUAGAAGGCUUACAAGCAAUAAGACCUAAAAUUAAUAGGCAUGAUGGUGUAAGAGCUAUUGUUGUUGUUCCGACUCGAGAAUUGGCUGUACAGACAUAUGAAUUGUUUGUUAAACUUACAAAGCCAUUUAUAUGGAUUGUGCCUGGUUUAUUGAGUGGAGGACAGAAGAGGAAAGCAGAGAAAGCAAGAUUGAGAAAGGGUCUAAGUAUAUUAGUUGGUACUCCGGGUCGAAUAAAUGAUCAUCUAAGACAUACUCACUCUUUAAAUUUUGCUAAAACAGGAUGCCUUAUAUUAGAUGAAGCGGAUAGAUUGCUAGAUAUGGGUUAUGAGAAAGAUGUAGCUGCCAUUGUAAAGGCAAUUGAAGAUCAUAAAAAAAAUGCCACUUAUGAUCCUUUAGCACUUGUUAAACAGACUAUUACUAAAAAACCAGUUGAAAAUGAAACUCAAGAAGUACAAAAUGGCGAAAACGAAAAAAAAACAGAGGAAACUAAUACUCAACAUCCACUGACAGAAGUAUUUUUGUCUAAAGAACGACAAACUAUACUAUUAUCAGCUACGUUAACUAAGGCUGUGGAAAACUUAGCAGGAAUAACAAUGCACGAUCCUGUCUUUGUAGAUACAUCUGACGGCAAAACUCUUGUCGCAGAUUCAUUGAAACCUGCGAAACCCCAAACAGACAUAGAAACAAAUAAAAAAGUGACAGAUAAUAAUCCUCGUGAAGAGGUUAAAGGACGAGUUCAAAAUGUUUCUGAGGUCAUACAACCUAUGGAAGUGGCCUCAGAAGAUAAAGACAUUCCUUUAAAUAGUUUAACACAUCACAGAGGAGGGCUUAAAGCAUUUAACGGCUUAGACCAUGCUGAAUUAUUCGGCGAUAAAAAAGAAGCUUCGAAAACCAAUGCCAUUAAACCGACUGACGCGAAGAAUGAUGAUAGUGACAGCGAUUCAGAUUAUGAAUAUUUCAAAGUGCAAAAACAGUUGGAAACUGAAAAGCCAAAAGACGAAGAAGAAGUUAACGAAAAAGAAGAACCUGUAAAUGAGAAUAUAUUUGUCGAAGCUCUCAAAACUGCUAUUGUAGAAGACGAACUUGUUCUACCCGCCACAGUGAAUCAGACAUUCCUAAUUGUACCUAUGAAGCUCAGAUUGGUCACAUUAUGCUCUCUUAUAGUCGAACAUUGUAUUUUAAAUAAAAAGGGCGGGAAAAUGAUAGUUUUCAUGGCGACAUUAGAAAUGGUCGAUUAUCAUUCAGAGUUGAUAGAAACAGUUCUAACGGGCAAAGAUGUUAAGGUUAAAAAGAAAGGUGAGGAGUCUAAAGCAAAAGAUAAAGACGAUUCAGAUUCGGAGUAUGAAAUGGACUAUGAAGCGCCAGCUGAAGGUGGGAUAAUACCACAAGUACUGGAUUUCUUUAGCCUACACGGUUCUAUGGCGCACGAGCAUCGGAUAGAAGUUUUCAAGCAAUUUAGGAGUGCCAAAAGAGGAUUGCUUAUUUGUACGGACGUAGCGGCAAGAGGAUUGGACGUGCCUCGGGUAGACCUUGUCUUACAAUAUUGCGCACCGGCUUCGGCAACGGACUAUGUACACAGGGUGGGAAGAACAGGUCGUGCGGCUCAAGUCGGCGCCGCCAUAUUGUUCCUUCUUCCGAGUGAGGCUGAAUUUGUAAGGCAUCUAGAACAAAAACGUAUCAGAUUACGCCAAGCGGACGAGUCAAAAUGUUUGAUUCCGCUGCAAUCUAUAGCGCCGUCCGCGCCGACGCCUCAACGCGCGGCCAUCGCGGUACAAACUCGUCUCGAGCACACCGCCCAUAGCUCCCGGGAAUGGCUUGCGAGAGCUAGCCGGGCCUACACAUCAUGGGUGCGUUUUUACUCGGGUUACCCGCGCGACGUGCGUAUGUGGCUAGACGCGCGACAACUGCACUUGGGUCACGCGGCUAAAGCGUUCGCUCUUAGGGACACCCCGGCGGCUUUGGCGCGAAGGGCUAAAUCUGACCCUAACUUCAAGAAAGAAAGACCUAGCAACAGACUUACAAUACAUGAUGAGGAAGAAAAGAAAAGGCCCGGAUUUUCAAAAAUGAAAGUCUCCGUGUUCGGCAAUAGAAUUGUAAACAAGCAAAGCUCCAUGCACACUGCAAGUGAGUUCGACAGUGGCUUGCCGUCUGUAGACAACUUUACGAGAAAGAAGAAAAAACAAAUAGGUGGAAUAAACAAAAAA